GGUUCACCCAACUUUCAUUUUCAUUUUCUAAAACUGGACCCAUUCUCUCUCUCUCUGACUCUUGAUGAACUAUACAAACCAUUAAGAUCAAACCCGCUUUUACACAGAGAUCCAAAUCAGGUAUGGAGGAAGAAGAAGAGGAAAACUCUUCUCGGAAUACUACUAAUAAGAUGUUUUUAAGAUUGCCCACAAUUACAAAUAAUACGAUAUCAUCAACUAUGAGUUCUAAGAGUGGAAACAGUGAUGACGGAUUUCCAACUCCAAGCUCCGAUUCUCCAAAUAGGCAGAUAACUGAAAGGGAAACUCGGCCAAGGAAUAUGCCUAGCGAUGACAAUGUAAAUGAUGUUGUGGAUCAACGUGCCAUGGAGCUUUUUUCAAAAAGUAGACAACAGCAAGAGGAGAUUCUCUUACUUAGGAAGCAAAUUGCUGAUGCGGGACUUAAGGAGCUUCAUGUGCUUAAUGAGAAAUAUACGUUGGAGAAGAAAAUAUCUGAUUUAAGAAUGGCAUUGGAUGAGAAGCAGAAUGACGCCAUAAAAUCCGCCUCAAAGGAACUGGCUCAUAGAAAAGGUGACCUUGAUGAAAAUAUAAAAUUGAUCCAUGAACUAAAGGCUGUAGAAGACGAUAGAUUGAUCUUCACAUCAGCUAUGCUUAGAUUAUUGGAUGAGUAUGAGAUUCGCUCACAUGUCAUAAAUGCUUCCUCUAUUUCCAGCAACAUAAAGAAUUUGUACGAUCAGUUGCAGUGGAAGAUUAGGACUUCUCAUGCAAGUAUAGUAGAGAUAAAUUCUAUGCUUGAAGGUCAAACCGGAGAUAGGCCCUAUAAUAAAGAGAAGCAGCCUCGAGGUGGCUCCAAGGCUCAACUCCUUGAAAUUGAAACUUCAACGAUUCCAAAUGUCUCUUCUCCCUAUAACCACAUCCAGGAACCACAAAUGGGUCGCACCUCUAUUCCAAUGCAGUAUUAUCCAUCUGAAACUGAUAAGGAAUUUGAAGGUCAAGGAACACGGACGCCUUUUGGAAACUCAACUGAUUCAUAUUAUCCUCCUAACAUGACGGAGGAUCAUUAUUUUUCAGAAGGAGAAGGCACCUUACCUGGCAUAGAAGGAUUCCAAAUUCUCGGUGAUGCAAAGCCAGGGAACACACUGCAAGCAUGUGGAUUUCCUGUACGUGGAACUGCUCUAUGUAUGUUUCAGUGGGUUCGGCAUCUUCAUAAUGGCACUGGGCAGUACAUCGAAGGAGCUACAAAUCCAGAUUAUGUAGUCACUGCUGAUGAUGUUGAUAAGCUUAUUGCCGUUGAUUGCAUUCCAAUGGAUGAUAAAGGCUGCCAGGGAGAAUUGGUGAGACUUUUCGCAAACAAUCAGAAGAAAAUAACGUGUGAUCCAGACAUGCAAAUGGAGAUUGAGACUCACUUAUCCGAAGGUCAAGCCACGUUCGAUGUCCUACUAUGGGUAGGUCUGAAGGAUACAUCUGGGGUUUGGGAACCAAGAAUUUUAAUUUUGAAACGCUACAGCUACCAAAUUAAGAACGUAGAUGAUGUUGUAUUCGAGGAGCACUAUUCAGCGGACUUAUCUAUUCAAAUACCUUGUGGCCUCACAACACAGUUUGUGUUAACAUGUUCUGACAGGAGUUCUCAUCCGUUUAGCACACACAAUGAUGUUCGAAUGCGCGAUUCUCUUGUAUUGACAAUGAGAAGCUUCCAAAGCAAGGCAAUAGAUGACAAGAGAAAAGGAAAAGCAUAGAAUGAAAAAGGUGUUUCCAAAUCGGCUCAAAACUUAUUGUUAUUCUUUCUUGUAAAAAUGAGAAAAGAAAAGAUGAUGAAUCGGCAUUCAUAAUGCAAGUAGUUUGCAAUAAUACAGAGGUGUGUGAGUUCUGUUACAGUAAUAGUAAUAAUAUAAAAACUGUAUAAUUUUCCCUCCUGCUUUUACUGAUUUUUUUUGUGAGCCAUGUAAUUCCAAAAGUACGGAUAUCAGCAAUUUAUUUAGCAAUAAGUUUUCUUA